AUGCCGUCAAGAAACUCCACUGUUCCCAAUUUAGAUCUCAGUACUUCCACCUUGCAGGCGAAUGCGAAGAUCUCAUCCCCACUAACGCCCGGCGCCCAAAGCUCGGAUGGGCCGAGUCCCCUGACACCCCGUUCUCCUAAAUCCUCGUCUAGUUCACCUUUCUUCAAAGGGGCUACCAUUCGCCCUGUCACGCAGGACUCGAAUAGCAAGUCGAACAGCCCUACUUUUCCAGUCUCUCCUAGCCUUGCUGCCGAACCUCCUACUCCGGGCUUCACGGCUAUCCCCCAGUACCCGCCCUCUCCUAAAGACACUCCCAAACACAACCGUGACCCCUCCCGGUCCUUUUUCGCAAAUCUCAAGGCCCCCAAGUCCUCCCACAAGGCCCAGCGAUCGGACGGCUCGGAAUCCGGCGACAAACCCAAGAGUCGCGGCAGCUCCAGGGACCGCAAGACACAGAUCUCGUCCAAGUUAUACGAGUCGACACCCGACCUUCCUGGCGCUAUCGAACGUGCGGCACAAGAGGAACGCAACGCGAACCCCGAAGAUAAACAUUCGCAGCCAACAGACAUCAAGAAAGUCGGCACGGAGUCCGAGGCUUGCCAGACCCUCAAAAAGAACAAACCACGCUUUGCCAAUCUCCUCUCGCGUUCUCGCUCGAUCAGGAUCGACGACUCUUCGCUAAACAGAAUAGCGAAUCGCCGUCCGUCUACCAGCCUCAUGAGACUCGAGGAGAGUGGUCGGGAGAUGCAGGAAGCACAAAAAACGCCGUCGGCACGCCAGGAGCGCGCACCGAAACACACAGCGAACGCGCCAUUCCGAAGCCAUGCUGCCGAUCGUCCCGUCGAAAGUAGCGGCGGUCCGGUGAGAAAAGACAAAUACCACGGAGGGGCGAUGGUUCCAUCCGCUUCGUUAAGCCAAGUGUCCGGCGCGUCUGCUGCGCUCUUCAACAACAUCAAGCAGUCCUCAAGCGGUGCCGCCGACCGCAUCGGUAAGGCGGGCAAAGGAUUCUUCGGGAAAAUCACCAGGAGUGGCAGCACUAAUGAGCGGGAACUCAUUAAUGACGACAACUAUGUCUGCUGCGUGAUCAACCUGCCGCUUAUAGAGCAAGCACGACGAACCCGCAUCGCAAAGCGACUGGAGGACUGUAAAGACAAGACUGAAUUUUGGAUGCCCGCUUUACCAUACCGUUGUAUAGAUUAUCUGAAUUUCAAAGGUUGCGAAGAGGAAGGACUUUAUCGUGUCCCGGGAAGUGGUAAGGAAGUGAAACAUUGGCAGCGACGGUUCGAUACCGAACUCGACAUCAACCUUUUUGACGUGCCGGAUUUGUACGACAUUAACACGAUUGGUUCCAUGUUCAAAGCUUGGCUUCGUGAACUGCCGGACGAGCUCUUCCCCAAGGAAACCCAGGCCAUGAUUGCCGAGAAAUGCGAAGGGGCAACUACAGCCCCCCAAAUGUUGAAAGACGAACUCUCCAAAUUGCCGCCAUACCACUAUUACCUUCUCUUCGCCAUCACUUGUCACCUGAAUCUUUUGCAUUCGUACGUUGAUCAGAACAAGAUGGACUACCGCAACCUUUGUAUCUGCUUCCAGCCUUGCAUGAAAAUCGAUGCGUUUUGCUUCCAUUUCCUUGUUUGCGACUGGAAGAAUUGUUGGCAGGGCUGCUGGACGGAGAAGGAGUUCCUCCAAGUGGAGAAAGAAAUGGACGAAAAAGAGAAAUUCCCACAGGCGAGAGAGGAAUAUCCACGGGCGAAGGAGGAAUUCACCCCGGAUCCCCACCAGAUUUCCUCGGCGGACGAAAGGGCCAUCUCUUCCUCUGGCAGCAGUCAACCUGCCGUUGAAGAGGAACCGCCACGACCUCAGACAGCGAAACCUUACAAACCAAGGCCCAAGAACAUCGAGACCGCCCACGGCAGAAGUGUUUCUCAGCUUCCUGAACUCGGACCGCCACUUUCUCCAAUACAAAUCUGA